CCACAGCCGACGUUAAUUCUAUAGAGGAUCUGAAAUGUUUCCUUUAAUCCAAAACUGAUGAUUCCUGAAACCUUCUUCUUUGGAAAAGACAAGUCCAGGACCCUGGGGAAUAGUCAAAAGGCUAAAAUUUCCAGAGUGGAUCCUCCGCAGCUGUGAAGAUGCCAGAAUUUCUUGACACAGGCAUGGUCUCCGUGGACAAGCAGAAAGUUCUGCAAAUCACUGACCGUCUGCAGAAGAAACUGAAAGACAAGGGCGAGCUCUCGCACCAUGAGAAGAUGUGUAUCCUGCGCGAUACGCUGGCGAGCCCGCUGUUUAACCAGAUCCUGACCGUGCAGCAGUCAAUCAAACAACUGAAGGAACAGCUGAAUCGCAUGCCAGCCGACCGUUCUGCAGAAUUUGAUUUCACAAAGAAAGGCUUAUUGGUAUUUGAAGCCGACUCCUCGGCCCACUUGGGGAACAAGAGCAACUCUUUGUCCUUUGACAACUUCGUCUCGUCUAGAUUUCCUCUCCUCAACCCCAACUCGGGCGCAGAUGAGUUCACCAGAAAAAUUCAGCAGCUGGCCGAGGGCAGGCAAAUUGAAUAUAUAGAUAUCGAAAAACCUCCUGUAGGAGGCCUCGGAUUCAGCGUCGUUGCGCUCAAGAAUCCUAGUGUGGGAGAUGGCGGGGUGUUUAUCAAGGGGGUUCAGGCUGGGAGCCUUGCAGACAGGGAUGGAAGGCUUAAAGAGAAUGAUCAGAUACUGGCGAUUAACUACACCCCCCUGGACACGAACGUCUCGCACCAGGAAGCCAUAGGUCUACUGCAGAAGUCUUCUGGCCACAUUCAUUUAAUUGUUGCUAAACAGCCGCCUCCGCUCCUUCCCCAAACCCAAGUUCCCGUGCAGGAAGAACAAGUCUGGGGCCACGUGGAAGAGAUUGAGCUCACUAAUGACGGAUCGGGAUUAGGAUUCGGGAUCGUCGGUGGGCGAGCCAAUGGUGUAAUUGUCAGAACGAUCUUACCCGGGGGACUUGCUGAUCGGGACGGAAGGUUAAAGACCGGAGAUCACAUCUUGCAGAUUGGAGGCACCAAUGUCCAGGGCAUGGCCAGUGACCAGGUCGCUCAGGUGUUGAAGAACUGUGGAAAUUCUGUCUGCAUGGUGGUUGCCAGGGAUCCCGUGGGCAAGGCUCCUCCAGUGAAGCCUCCGGCUCCAGCAACAUUGCCGGUUGCAUCUCUGCCUCCUCUGGACAUCAAGAGCAGCAUUCCUGAAGAAGCUGAGAACAAUGUGUAUGAUAUUACCCUCGCCAAAAAAGAAGGCCAGAGCCUGGGGAUAACAGUGGUGGGCUACACAGGAGGCAGCAGCGGAGGUUCUUCUGGUAUUUAUGUGAAGGGCAUCAUCCCCGGCAGCGCUGCCGACCAUAGCGGGUGCAUUCAAGUUCAUGACCGGAUUGUGGCGGUUGACGGAAAGAACAUCCAGGGUCUGACCAAUCAGGAGGUUGUGACGGCGCUGCGGAACACUGGCCAAACCAUCCAUCUUACCCUGUCCAGGGGCAACGGGCCGCUCAGCCCAGUGUCUCCGGGCGUCUCUCCGCGCAGAGAUGUGCCAGCCGCCUCUCCGCCUCCGUUACCUGCCCUUCCGCCAAGGGGUCAGAUAAGCGAGGUCCCCGAAGGUCUCCAGUACAAGGCAGAGAGCCAGGAGCAAGAGGAUAACUGCAGAAAUGAACUGAAAACUGCCCCCGUCCUGUCGCCAGAGGCUGAAGCUCUGAAGGCGAAGUGGGAGAAGCAUCUUGGACCUGAUUACCAAGUGAUGCUGGUUAAUCUGAACAUGAAAAUUGAGGAUGAUGAAGAGCUGCAGAAAUACUCUAAGCUUUUGCCAAUACACACCAUGAGGCUGGGAGUAGAACUGGACUCCUUUGAUGGUCACCAUUAUAUAUCCACCAUUGCUCCUGAAGGUCCUGUGGCAAAACUUGGAAUUUUGCAACCAGAAGAUGAAUUAUUAGAGGUGAACCAAGUCCAGCUAUAUGGAAAAUCUCGCCGUGAAGCGAUUUCCUUUCUCAAAGAAGCUCCCCCUCCGUUCACACUCGUCUGUUGCCGCCGUUUGGUUGAUGAUGAAAAUGAGAAUUUUGUGGAUGAUCCAAAAGAUCUCAGAAUCCAGAAUGAUCGGCAGGAUGAAGGGGGUGAAGUCUUCAUGGCAACAGAGUUAGUUGGCACCGAAUAUCAUCAAAAGGAACAAACAGUUGAGGACCUGACCUAUGUCCAUGACGAUGAUUAUGAUGACGGAGAGUUGACUUUGUGGUCUCCGGAAAUUGACGUCGUUGAAUUGGAAAAGGACAAGCGCGGUCUUGGGUUCAGUAUCCUGGACUACGAGGAUCCCUUAGAUCCAGCAAGGACGGUGAUUGUGGUUCAGUCUCUGCUAGCAGGUGGUGUGGCUGAGGAGAGCGGACUCAUUCUGCCCGGUGACCGCUUGGUCUUUGUAAAUGACAGUUUUAUGGACAAUGCUUCGCUGGAAGAGGCUGUGCAAAUAUUAACAUCUGUGCCACCGGGAAGAGUCCGCAUUGGCAUUUGCAAGCCAUUGGUGAAUGAUGUGAGAGGAGGAGGACACGUGUACAUCCCGCUGGUGGGAGAAUCGGUGGACGCAGUGGAAUCAGCAGUGGACAACCCGUCGCCAACAGCACAGUUCUACCAUGUAACGGAGAAAUACCAAAUGGAGCUAUUCACAGACGACGGCAGAGAGGAGCUGGUGGACGAGCCGUCUCUGACGAUGGGGCACUCCUUUAAUAUCCCGCAUGAAAAUCCCAACCCUUCACAGGAUUCGUGGGAAAUGCAUGAAAUGAGGAGAUUUAUAGAAGAGAGGGAGAUGCUGGUGGAUGACGAGGACACCCCUCAUACAGACAAUGAUGGGUAUAGUCUGCCUUAUGAUGGGAUUCCUCCUCCCUCCUUCCAGGACGCGUCUUCUGACCAGGCCUGGCCAGAUGCUGCCGCGUACCGAGACCUAAAUGAGUCCGGAUCGCAAUUGCCGCCCCUCUAUUCCAUGAACACGUAUGAUGCCGAUAGCCAUGGCCCUGAGGAAAUUAACAUCGAUGUAGAUGUGGACCGAAGUGAAAUCUCUUUACUUAAAGAACCCACCGUGAUUUUUGAUCCAGAUGCAAUCAUUAUGGAGAGGAGCCGCAGGACGGAGAGAGACUCCGGGGUUCAGCGUCCUCCGGGUUCAUCGUCCGUUGAACUACCUGAGCGGGAAGAAGGGGAAGGAGAGGAGACCCCAACUUUUAGCCACUGGGGGGCUCCCCGAGUAGUUGAAAUUUGGAGAGAACCUCAAGUUUCCCUGGGGAUCAGUAUCGUUGGAGGACAAUCCAUCAUUAAACGCCUGAAGAAUGGGGAAGAGCUGAAAGGAAUCUUUAUCAAGCAGGUUCUGGAGGACAGUCCUGCUGGAAGAACCAAGGCUCUGAAGACCGGAGAUAAAAUUCUGGAAGUAGCCGGCGUAGAUCUGAAAAACGCUACACACGAUGAAGCUGUGGAGGCCAUUAAAAAUUCGGGAAACCCCGUCGUCUUUGUCAUUCAAAGUUUAUCAGCUGCUCCACGGCUGCUAUCCGUUAUGAAACCAACAAACAAGGGGAGCCCAGAGUCCAUGCCACAGAGCAUCUCUCCGAUACCUGCCGGCCCGCCACCACCACCAAUGAAGCUGCCCCCUCCAUACAGAGAGUCCCCCAGCCCCGUCACAUCUGGAUUAGGUCCUGACGUUGUGGAAAGCGAUGAGAAGAUCAGGCAGAGAUACGCCGACCUCCCCGGGGAGCUUUACAUCGUUGAGCUCGAGAAGGAUAAGAAUGGGCUGGGGCUCAGCUUGGCCGGUAACAAGGACCGCUCCCGGAUGAGCAUCUUCAUUGUGGCCAUUAAUCCGGAUGGACCUGCCGGAGGAGAUGGAAGGAUCCGGGUGGGGGAUGAGCUGCUGGAGCUGAAUAACCAGAUUCUGUUCGGAAAAAGUCACCAAAACGCGUCAGCAAUUAUCAAGUCUGCUCCCUCCAAAGUGAAGCUGGUGCUGAUCAGGAGUAAAGAUGCUGCAGAACAGAUGGCCAUCACCCCGCACCCCUCAUCUGCCGACACCCACUUCUCUCCUCAGGAGCAGCCUGACGUCACCGUUUCCAGCAGGACUGAAGAUGGCAGCUUGAAUGACUUUAUGAAAAGCUUUACAGACCCUGAGAUAAAACCGACUGAAAGUAAAAUGAGAUUCAGCGACAAAACACUGGAGUCGGAGGAGGAGCAGAAUGUGCUGGACAAGCUGGUUAGCCAGCUGAAACAGUCCAAAAGCAGCACCAAGAUCCCGUACAAUCCCCAGGAUAUCUCCCUUGGACCAGCUAUACCGUACACUGUACCAGAACCGGAGAUUUCCAGCCACAGAAACGUUCCGUCUCCACUAUUACAUUUUGAUCCUGCAACAUGUCCGAUCAUCCCAGGACAAGAAAUGACCAUUGAAAUCUCCAAAGGCCAUUCAGGCCUCGGGCUCAGCAUCGUGGGUGGAAAAGAUACUCCGCUGGAAGCUGUGGUGAUACACGAGGUGUAUGAAGAUGGCGCUGCUGCCAGGGACGGGAGGCUCUGGGCAGGUGAUCAGAUUCUGGAGGUCAAUGGCCUGGAUCUGAGGAAUGCCUCUCAUGAGGACGCCAUUACAGCUCUGCGACAGACCCCUCAGAAAGUGCAGCUGGUUGUGUACAGAGAUGAGGCCCAGUACAGGGAUGAGGAAAACCUGGAUGUCUUCUAUGUGGAGCUGCAGAAGAAGAGUGGGCGAGGUCUGGGGCUGAGCAUUGUGGGUAAAAGGAAUGGCAGUGGAGUCUUCAUCUCCGACAUUGUAAAAGGAGGAGCAGCCGACUAUGACAUGAGAUUAAUGCAAGGAGAUCAGAUAUUGUCCGUCAACGGCGAGGAUGUCCGCAACGCCUCCCAGGAAGUGGUGGCCACCAUACUAAAGUGCGCACAAGGAAUCGUUCAUCUGGAGAUCGGGAGGCUCCGAGUCGCGUCUUGGGUGUCGUCCAGGAAAGCUCAUCAAGGCAGUCAGGUCGGUAAGAGCGGCGCUCAGAGUGUGCAGCCUCCCGCUCUCGCCCCCGUCAUAUCCACCGCACAGAAUUACAGCAGCUCCAAAAGAUCCUCCGCUCCGUCCUCUCAGAGAAAUUCCGGUGUAGAAAUGGAGCCCAGGAUGGUUGAAAUAAGCCGGGGCCCCAAUGACGCUUUAGGCAUCAGUAUAGCGGGUGGAAAAGGGAGUCCGCUGGGAGACAUUCCUGUAUUUAUUGCUAUGAUUCAAGCCAGCGGUGUAGCUGCACGAACGAACAAGCUGAAGGUCGGGGAUCGGAUCGUCAGUAUUAAUAAGCAGCCACUGGACGGGUUGUCCCACGCAGAUGUGGUUCACAUUCUGAAGAACGCGUACGGCAGCAUCGCCCUGCAGGUUGUUGCAGAUACCAAUAUUAGUGCAAUAGCCAGUCAGCUGGAGAGCAUGUCACUGUGCCAGAACAUCAGCUCUGAACACCAGCCCGAAGAGGGAGAGUCCCCUGUCCCAAUAAUCAUUCACCUGGAGAAGGGUCCUGAUGGGCUGGGGUUCAGUAUUGUUGGAGGGUACGGGAGCCCGCAUGGAGACCUUCCGAUCUAUGUAAAGACGAUAUUCUCCAAGGGUGCCGCCGCAGUGGACGGGAGACUAAAACGGGGAGACCAGAUACUGGCAGUGAAUAACGAGAGCCUGGAGGGCGUCACCCAUGAAGAAGCCGUGGCCAUCCUGAAACGCCAAAGGGGAAACGUCACGCUGACUGUAUUAUCAUAAUCGAGAACAAGCGUCCUGUCCGGUGGUAGUCAGAGGCCAAAGGCCCAGCAUGCCCUCAUUCAGCAUUGGGUAUAGGUUCAACCAUGGUAUGCUGGUAUCUGUAGUCCCACCACUGAUGGAGAGCUUUGGGCUAUCUAUGGCUCAGUAUAUGAAUCGGUCAUAAUAAUGACCCCGAUCCGUCUUCCAGCCGACUAAUAAUGUAGAGUAUGAGGCCAUUGCCCUGUGUCACUGUGACCUCCCUUCCCCCCCCCCCCUGUCUGCACUGUCGGGGUAUAUAUGCUGUGUCCUGUGCCCUAUAGAGGUGGAGGCUUGUAUCCGGACUAAAUGGCUGUGAAUGAUGAUAUCGAAACACGCGAGCGCCGCGUGUGUUCAGAUUGUCGCCCAGUAUCACAAUGUAAUGAUUGUAAGACAUGGCGGCUUCCUUACACACAGAAAAACCUGUUUAAAAUUCUGCAACUUAUAUAUAUAUUGCAUUUCAGUUCUGUUGCUCGGUGAUUUAACAAAAUGUUUGCAAUUCCUUUAAUUUCGGCAGUAUCGCAAUGAGACCGUGUUGAUGUAUAAACCCUAAGGCCCCUUGCAGACGAGCGUGUCCGGAUGCGUUGCGUCUGCGAUCAGGGAAAAUGGUGCGAGUAGGCACGCAAUUGCAGUCAGUUU